AUGAAGGCCGGGAUUAGUCAAUGGUACCGCGUCGGCCCCCCCGACGCGGGCGCCUUGCGGGCAUGUUACGUGAAAACCCGCUGGGACUCGGACGCCACCAGUGCUCCCCGGCCCUGGAAGCUUCCGCACGCGCACGUCACGCCCGACGAGGCGCUCGGCUGCCUGCGCUUCGGAUACGAGCGAGAGCGGGGGGCGGCCGUCCCGGCCAUUGCGGUGGUGCAGCUCCCUUGCUGCGGCUACGUCUGGCACGGAACCGCUCUGGGGCAACCGCCCGACGUCGAGAGGCUGGACGGGCGGAUCUGCGCCGCAACGCGGACGGUGCGGGAGUGGAGGGACGUGUCGGCGCACUUCAACUUUGGCGCCUCCGCGCGCGGGCUGGGCGCGAGGACCGCGGGAGGGUAG